GCCCGGGCGAGUUCUCGAUCAAGGUUCCAAAUAGAAUGCUGUACAGAAAAGGAGUGCAUGUUUUGCGUUGAGAAACAUGGGCCAGCCUUGUACAAGAAGAAACAACUACCCUCCAAGAAAUUGUACUGUUUCAUGUCUUCUGUGAAUGUGUAUCUACAACAACAAGACUGUCGACAAUUUUCAGACCGUGCGUAAAUUAAUUAAUGGUAAAAUACCAAGUACUGUCAGCAGGCAAAAUAGUGCGAGAGUGUGCGACCAACAACAAACAAAUAACAGUGAACAACGAAAAGAUAGGACGACCAAGAAGAAGCAAAGGUUUGGGGUGGUGGAAGUCUAUGAGGAGAUGCAACAUUUUGUUACUCUUUCGACUUUUAGAAAAUUAAACAUUUUGUUUUGCGACAUUAAACGCAUCUGAUUAUUGCGUAAACCAUUGGGACUGUAUACAUGUAUGCUGUUUCGAGAGACCGUUACUUUCCAUCAAAUAAACUGUGAAAUAACGAUUUAUUUAAUCAAGAAGGCACACAAAACGACUUGCCAAGUAGUUACGAACCAUGAUGAAAUUCCAUAAUUCGGACCUAUGGAUUGCUUGGCUGGUUUUAUUUUGCAUGGAAGGUUCAAGAUUUGAUCUACACACAGGAACAGUGAGUGUGAGGGCGUUGGAUGUCACAGUGACCCAGAGCAGCAUCCAGGUAGCCCGCGGCCAGGCGGCCAUCUUGCCCUGCUCCUUCUCCACCAGCGCUGCCCUCAACAACCUCAACAUUAUCUGGAUGGUCAUCCCGCUGUCCAAUGCCAACCAGCCCGAACAGGUGAUCAUCUACCAAGGUGGCCAAGUGUUCAGUCUAGCCAACCACUUAAAUGGCCGGGUGGGCUUCGUGGCCACCAUGCCGAGCACAAGUGCCUCUAUCUUCAUCAACAACACCCAGCUGUCAGACACGGGGACCUACCAGUGCCUGGUCAACAACCUCCCCGACAGAGGGGGGCGCAACAUCGGGGUCAUCGGCCUCACCGUGCUGGUGCCCCCGUCGGUGCCCUCGUGCCGUGUCCAGGGCACACUGGACGUGGGCGCUGACAUCAUGCUGAUGUGCAGCAGUGAGGAGGGGAUUCCCACACCCAGCUACGCCUGGGUGAAACUGGAGUCGCUGCCCAAGCUGCCCCACACCGCCAUGCAAGACCAGAUGCAAGGGACCGUAACACUAAGGAACAUCAGUACCAGUACCUCUGGUCUGUACCAGUGUACAGCCUCCAACGCCAUCGCCAAGAGCACCUGUCUACUCAACCUGCAGGUUGUGGCACCCCAGCCCCAGAGUGUGGGUCUCAUAGCUGGCACUAUCGCCACGGGCGUGUUGGCUGUCAUCAUCUGCUCCCUACUGGUGCUGGUGACACUCUUCUACUGGAAGAACAAGAACAAAUACGAGGAGGAGGAGAUACCCAACGAGAUCAGGGAGGACGACCUGCCCCCUAAGAGGUCGUCUUCAGUGAAAGCGUUUCACGCCGACGCCUCAUCCUCUGAGAACGACACCCUGACGUCCACCAACACCUACAACAGCCGGUAUUGGCACAACCCCAAGCCCAACUACGACACCAACUCCUACACCCGCUACAAUGGCGACACGCGCCAGACGUUUUCUACGGGGCAGGCAGGUCACACAGGUCAAACGGGGGGACAUGCAGCGCACACAGGACACGGGACGCUAGCUCCGCCGGGCUCCGCCCCCCUGGCCCGCCAGGCCUACUCCAAUGGUAGCCACACCCUCCCCCCACCCAAGACUCUGGUGGUCACCACCAACUCCGCCCCCUCCCCUCCCACCAUGGUGCGCAGCAAUGGCUCGGUGAGCCUGAAGCCCGUGACGGUGGCAUCGCAUUGCGGGUACACGCACUCGUACGCCGUAAGCCAGGCCACGCUGGAGCGCAUGGGCGCCGUGCCCGUCAUGGUGCCAGCCCAGAGCAGAGCAGGCUCUCUGGUCUAAAGUAAACUGUUACUAGGCUGAACCAGCCUGCCUCCCCACUUCUCUGAUUCUCCCUUUUAACUCAUAAACAGGAUUUUACAAUACCGACUUCAUCUAAUGCCAACGUCUCCAAGUACAGGACGCCGUUUAAAAGCAGCUCCAGGUGUUCUAUUCCUAUUGGUUGGUUUUGUGUCUCUUCUUUGGUGUGGUUGUCUCUCACUGGUUCCUUGGAUUAAAUGGCUGUAACCAGUGGGAUUAUCGCACAAAAGUUACACAUAAUCUUCAGACUUUUCAGGUGAUUGUGGCUGUGGGAUUUGGACUCAUCACGACAGUGAGCAUUAACCGUUUAAUCUCUGUUUUAACCACAUCUAGACACUCCGAAUCCUGCAAGUCCCAGGGAGAGGCAUCCGAUCGUGCAUGUAUAUUCCAUUGAAAACUAACAACCAGAUUCUUGCUAUUAUUUCAUAUCACUCAGCUAUUGCGGUGAUAUUAAUUGUUUCGUAUCUUAAAAAAUUACAGAGAUGUUCUUUGAUUCACUGCAGUGGUCUUACAUGAACAGAACCAUGGCGGUGGAAAUGGCCUUAGAAGAGCAGAGAGUUACGGAAGGGAUUUCUGCUGAAGUACCAAAUAGCAGAGACAACAGAAUGGCACAACACAGUAGGCUGGUCCCGUAACUGGACAGGGGUUUUCUGAUUCUGUCCAUUAGUUCCAACUUCAACAUGUUCAUUUGUUUUUGCACAGUAGCACACUUUCAUCACCAACUCCUCUGAAGAAAUGUCUUAUUACAGAACGGUCUUAGUGAAUGCAUCCCCUUACCUCUACAGUGUUACGAAUGGGAGAGAUAUACUGUAGCCUCUCCAGCGCAAACUUGUAAGGGUUCAGCAUUUAUAUUGAUUAGGUCCAGUAUUGAUAACUAUGGUCUUACCUCAAGAUUCUAUUAUAUAUAAAAAUAAAAAAAAUCCCUGAAACUUGAAUCUGCAGUUUGAGAUGUACUGACAGUGUUUAUGGAAGUAUGUGCUAUUGUAAACAUGCUGCUGAUUCAUUUUAACAAAAUCCAAAUCUCACAUCAGUGCUGCUUUGACAAUAAAACAUAGGGGGCAUCUUAUUUGAUACAUCCUUUCUAAGAAAAAUUAUAUUUAAGGGGAUUUCCCUUGAGAAUGCUAAUAAUUACUGUUUUGUACCUACUGUAAAUAUUGUAACUACUGGUAGGCUUGGUUGUGAAUUGAAAAGAAAUACUUUUAUUUCCAAUGGAUGCAUAUUUUACAACUCGUGUGUCUUAAUUUAAGAGGUCUAUUCAUUUCUGUUAACAGACACUGAACUGUGUUUUGUAGACUCUUGUCUUGCAUUUGUUACAAUUAGGAGUCCUCUGUGGGUGCAGCUGCAAGUUUGGGCGGUGCAAUUCAUACAAAAUGGCAAAGUAUCACAGAAACCUGUAUACUAAAAUGACUGUCUGCAUCUCUUGAUAGUAAUAAUGUAACCCUAGUGUAAACAAAUGUAUACUCUACCAAUUUUUUUCCAGGGCAGUUGGAUUUUUUUACAGCUCCAAAAUUCCAGCACUAAAUAUCCACAAUGAUAGUUGAAAAUAAAGUGAAUACCACCUGUAUGAAAUAUCUAGGUUUGUUCCAGCAGUGUUGUAAAGUGUUGAUAUUGAGGUAAGAAUCAGAGCGUUUCGGAGGGCCAUAUUUUUUGACAGUUUUUAGACCUGAAACUGCUGAUUUAUGUUUUAUGUGAAUUUUACAAUAUUAUCUAUCCUGCUCUUUGCAUCGAAAGUCCUAUUAAUAUUCAACUUAAUCUUUCACUUGAAAGACAAUAUUGAUAUUGUGUGAUAUUAAAUUUGAAAAAAAAUGUACUAUUCAUUUUAGGGUAACCAAAAAGAUACUUCACUCUUGAGAAAAAGCGUCUCCUGUAUUUGGUGUCAGGAUCUUUCUCGUUCAGUCUCUACGUAUAAUGUACUCAAUGAUAGAUGUGUUCUCUACAGUAUGAAUUCAGCCAUUCAAUGUGCUCAAGCUGAGCGUUAUUGAAGUUCAUUGAAAUAUGCUCCAGUAAGAAUCCAUUAGACGUAUUCAAUUAAACCUCAAGUAAAUCAAUAAGGAUGGUAAGCGGAACUUUCUGUCCUGAAGCAAUAAAGACCAACCAGGUGAACCACAUUAGGAGGACUUGUUGAUGUACAAGAUCUUUAUCAAACUGUUCCUUUUCUCACACACUCAGCUCAUUGGCUGAGGUCCCUGCUCAUUGGCUUACGUGUUAUGUCUCAUUCCAUCUGUCAGGGAACCAAGAUUAUAUUCAUAACUUAAUAAUUCAAAAAAUAUUUCUUAAUUUUAGCUCAAAUCGGUCAUGACUAAAACACUGUUGGGUAUGAUCAGGUAAUACUCACAACUUUGGAGAGUAUUCUUUGCGUAUGUUUGGCGUUCAGAGACUUGUUUCAACAUCAGAGUGCAUCCAUAUGAUUUAUGUAUGUACUCUUAUGUACAGUGCCUUCAGAAAGUAUGCAUACCCUUUGACUUAUUCCACAUUUUGUUGUGUUACAGCCUGAAUUUAUUGAAAAGGAAAUACAGAAAUAUCUCAUUUACAUACUGUAUGUAUUCACACCCCUGAGUCAAUACAUGUUAGAAUCACCUUUGGCAGUGAUUACAGCUGUCAGACUUUCUGGGUAAGUCUCCAAGAGCUUUGCACACCUGGAUAGUACAAUAUUUGAACAUUAUUAUUUUCAAAGUUCUUCAAGCUGGUUGUAGAUCAUUGCUAGACAGCCAUUUUCAAGUCUUGCCAUAGAUGUUCAAGCUGAUUUAAGUCAGAACUAUAACUUGGCCACUCAGGAAUAUUCACCGUCUUCUUGGAAAACAAGUCCAGUGUAGAUUUGGCCUUGUGUUUUAGGUUAUUGUCCUGCUGAAAGGUGAAUUCAUCUUCCAGUGUCUGGUGGAAAGCAGACUGAACCAGGGUUUCCUCUAGGAUUUUGCUUGUGCUUGGCUGAAAAACUCACUGGUACUUAAAUGAUUACAAACAUACCCAUAACAUGAUGCAGCCACCACUAUGCUUGAAAAUAUGGAGAGUGGUACUGAGUAAUGUGUUGUGUUAGAUUUGCCCCAAACAUAACACUUUGUAUUCAGGACAAAAAGUACAUUGCUUUGCCACAUUGCAGUGUUAAUUUAGUGCUUUGUUGCAAACAGGAUGCAUGUUUGGAAUAUUUGUAUCUUUGAAGUGACUUGGGUGUAUUGAUCCACCAUCCAAAGUGUAAUUAAUAACUCCACCAUGCUCAAAGGGAUAUUUAAUAUCUGCUUUGUUUUCACCCAUUUACCAAUAGGUUCCCUUCUUUGCGAGGCAUUGGAAAACCUCCCUGGUCUUUGUGGUUGAAUCUGUGUUUGAAAUUCACUGCUCAACUGAUUGUAUGUGUGGGGUAUUGUAUGUGUGGGGUAAAGAGAUGAGCUAGCCAUUCAAAAAAAUCAUGCCAAACACUUAUUGCACACAGAGUGAGUCCAUGCAACUUAUUGUUGGUAUUGGUAUUUUGUUAGGAUCCCCAUUAGCUGUUGCAAAAGCAGCAGCUACUCUUCCUGGCGUCCACACAAAACAUGAAACAUUACAUAAUAUGUGAGCACAUUUUUACUCCUGAACUUAUUUUUGCUUGCCAUAACAAAGGGGUUGAAUACUUAUUGACUCAAGACAUUUCAGCUUUUCAGUUAAUUUGCGAACUUUUCUAAUAACACAAUUCCACUUUAUGGAGCAUUGUGUGUAGGCGAGUGACAAAACAAUGAUCUAAAUUGAAUCCAUUUUUAAUUCAGGCUGUAACACAACAAAACAUGGGAAAAGUCAAGGGGUGUAAAUACUUCCUGAGAAGGUAGUGUGUAUGUACUCUGCUGGUAACCUGGGGUUGUUCACUAGCUUGUUGUGUCUGGUCAGACAGACAGACACAACUGCUCUUUAACUCUGAAAACUAUUAUUAAAGAGCCACAGGUUCAUGUCAGAUGAGGUAAGGGUAUCCGUUUUCUCGGUUAGACAUCUCUUGGGGCAAAUCCUAACUUCCACUUAAAUGUUUACUUAGUCAUGCAUUGAUAUCAAUGGGAGACUUAAGUCAAAAUUCAACUUAAAAGUUAGGAUUUGUCCAUUAAUGACCCUGGCCCGAAACACAACUACUUGAACUAAACCCAGACAAGUGAUGGUGGAUUGUCUGCUGUGGCCAUAAGUUCAUCAGGUCAUGUGUAUAUAGAUAUUAUAUUGCCAAUAGUAAACAUUGUAAAUAUGUAAAAUAUAUAUUGUGUUUAAAAGUUGGAUUGAUAUGAAAUAUGACAUUAACACUGGAAGUUGUAAUUAAUAAAUAUUGUUAAUACAUUCUAA